AGCGCAUCUCGUUUUCACUGCCUUGCUCCGGUGGUGGAUCAACUCACAAAGUCAUCACGAACUUCUCGGGGAAAAAAACGCAAGGCUUGGUUGUAUGAUGUAUGCGUGUCAGGUGGAGGGCUCCCCACCUGAGGACCUAACAGAUGAAGAGAAAGAGAUCAUCAACAGCGUCCUGGCCCGGGCGGAGAUGAUGGAGGCGAUGGAGCAGGAGAGGAUCGGGCGUCUGGUGACUCGCUUGGACAGCGUAAAGAGGACAGCACGCGGUGAUGGCCUGUCUCACUGCCUGCUCUGCGGGGAACCGUUUGGCUCGCGGGGACCUGGCACGGUCGUGUGUGAGGACUGCAAGAAGCACAUGUGCACCAAGUGUGGCACUCAGAGCUGCGGUCGUUCCAGGGAGAUAUGGCUUUGUAAGAUCUGCAGUGAGCACAGGGAGAUGCUGAAGCAGUCUGGUGCCUGGUUCUUCAAAGGUCUUCCCAAGCAGGUACUGCCAGCUCCCCUGCCCGUCUCAAAGCAGAGAGAGCCGGGGUCCAGUCACGCCCAGGAACCCGGAGUCACCAGGAUACAGGGAAUCCAAUCAGCGCUCAUAUUCCAGACCGCAGAAUGGAGACAAGACCAAGGAUCUCGUGGCAGAAGAGCAGAGCCCAGGUCAGAAAUGACGCCACCUAGACCGGAGGCAGAUCCCGUCAUGGCCCCCAAGGACACGGUCAAGGCGGAGUCAGACGCUUUUGAGAGCAAGGCCUCCAGUAAAAGAGAAACUGGGGCAGAGGGACAGACCUUCGCCAAAAAAGAGGAACCGGCUCAGUUUUCUAGACCACCCCCGUCUUUGUCAACCGCAACACUGACUCAACAAGCACGCCUCGUGGACGUAGACAGUCGGAUGGUGCAGAGUGAGACCAGGACACCAUCCACGGUCCAAAGCAUUGGAAGAGCACCGCCGGCCGUUAGCGCUCCCCCAGCACGACAACCUCCACCACCUACCGCUGAGGAUGAGGAGGACGCCAACAGCUAUGACUCUGAUGAUGCCACCACUCUGGGGUGCUUGGAGUUCAGUCUUUUGUACGAAGAGGAGAGCAGUUGCCUGCAGUGUCAUAUUGUGAAAGCCAAGGGUCUUAAGCCAAUGGACUCCAAUGGCCUGUCUGACCCCUAUGUUAAACUGAACCUUCUGCCUGGAGCUAGCAAGUCGAACAAAUUACGCACGAAGACGUUGCACAACACCCUGAAUCCGGUUUGGAACGAAACGCUGGUUUACCAUGGCAUCACUAACGAGGACAUGCAGAGGAAAACACUCAGGCUUUCUGUCAGCGACGCUGACAAGUUUGGCCAUAAUGAGUUUAUUGGCGAGACGCGUGUACCGCUGAAGAAGUUGAAAGCGAACCAGAAGAAGAAUUUCAGCGUGUGUCUGGAGAGAGUGGUGCCGGUGAAGCGUACAGGGGCAGCAGGGUCUGUGCGUGGUAUGGCCCUCUAUGAGGAGGAGGUAAAGGAGGGGGAGGACGUCGAGGAGCGAGGUCGCAUCCUGGUGUCGCUCACCUACAAUUCCCAGCAAGGCCGACUCAUUGUGGGCGUGGUUCGCUGUGCCCAUCUGGCAGCCAUGGAUUCCAACGGAUACUCUGACCCUUUCGUCAAAAUUUGUCUGAAGCCUGACAUGGGGAAAAAAGCCAAGAACAAAACGCAGAUCAAGAAGAAAACGCUCAAUCCCGAAUUCAAUGAGGAGUUCAGCUACGAGAUAAAACACAGCGAGCUUGCGAAGAAGACCUUGGAUAUCUCUGUGUGGGAUUACGAUAUGGGGAAAUCUAACGAUUUCAUUGGUGGAUGCCAGCUGGGCAUAACCGCCAAGGGCGAGUGCCUGAAACACUGGUACGAAUGUCUGAAGAACAAGGACAAAAAGAUCGAACGCUGGCAUGUUCUGCUCAACGAAAACAGCGCUCUUAGCGACUGAGACCACACAUCACUGCUCACUGGCUUUAAAA